CAUGGCUGGCUGAUGGGGGGGCCUCUGAGGUGCAUCCUCCCCUCCCCGCUGCUCCAGCGUGCCCGGCCGCCCCGCCCCCCUCCCAUCCAGCGCGUCGGAUCCCCAAGCGGCGCUCGGCUCGGUCAGCAGCAGCAGCACCCGCACACGCCAGCGCACAGCCCACCUGGCUGCACCGAGAACGCUCUUCUCCUUUGUGUUCCCUCCUCAUCAGGCGAGGAAGAAGAGGAGCAGAUCGCCCAGACAGACGUCACCAUGCCAGGUAGUGAGUAAAGGGGAGGUUCGGGUCCGUGAGGAGGUGGGGGAGCAACGCAGCAGGCUGUACUUGGACUGGCCUCUCCAUCCGGGUGAACACCUUUCCGGGCUCAAAGCGCGCACGAUGAUCGACGGCUGGCGGCCGCCGCCGCCGCGGCUACUGCGGCUGCUGCUGCUGGCUUUCCUCGCCAUUGUGGGAGUUGGCCUCGGGGCGGACACGGAGGAGCGGCUGGUGGAGCAUCUCCUAAACCCGGCGCAUUACAACAAGCUGAUCCGACCCGCCACCAAUGGCUCUGAGCUGGUUACUGUGCAGCUCAUGGUGUCGUUGGCCCAACUCAUCAGUGUGCAUGAAAGAGAGCAGGUGAUGACCACCAAUGUCUGGCUGACGCAGGAGUGGCAGGACUAUCGACUGACUUGGGUCCCCGAGGAGUUCGAUGGGAUGAUGAAGGUCAGGCUGCCCUCAAAACACAUCUGGCUGCCUGACGUGGUCCUCUACAACAAUGCGGAUGGGGUCUACGAGGUGUCCUUCUACUCUAAUGCCGUGGUGUCCUACGAUGGCAGCAUCUUCUGGUUGCCUCCAGCCAUCUACAAAUCAGCCUGUAAGAUCGAGGUGAAGCACUUCCCCUUUGACCAGCAGAACUGCACGCUGAGAUUUCGUUCCUGGACCUACGACCGCACAGAAAUAGAUCUGGUGCUUCGCGCUGACGUGGCCAGCAUGGACGACUUCACACCCAGCGGAGAGUGGGACAUCAUUGCCCUGCCGGGUCGACGGAACGAGAACCCAGCUGAUCCCACCUACGUGGACAUCACGUACGACUUCAUCAUCCGCAGGAAGCCGCUGUUUUAUACCAUCAACCUCAUCAUACCCUGCGUUCUCAUCACUUCCCUGGCCAUCCUGGUCUUCUACCUGCCGUCGGACUGCGGAGAGAAGAUGACGCUGUGCAUCUCCGUGCUGCUGGCCCUCACGGUGUUCCUGCUGCUGAUCUCCAAGAUCGUUCCGCCCACUUCGCUGGACGUCCCUCUGGUGGGGAAGUACCUGAUGUUCACCAUGGUUCUGGUUACCUUUUCCAUAGUCACCAGUGUCUGCGUGCUCAAUGUGCACCACCGCUCACCCACCACACACACCAUGCCUCCCUGGGUUAAACUGGUGUUCCUCAACAAGCUUCCCGCGCUGCUCUUCAUGCGGCAGCCAAGGAACAGCAGCGAGCGCCAGCGGCUACGCCAGAGAAGGAGAGCACAGGAGCAGAAGGAGGGCGGGCGCAGCGGGGAGCCGGCGGCCCUGAUGGUCGGCCUCGGGCUUGGCGGCGGCGGCGGCGGGAACGGAGGGGGGACCUCCUCGUCUGUUUUUGGGAAGGACGACGGGGACCCUUGCACGUGCUACGUGAACCGGGCGUCUGUUAAACAGUUCGGAGGCGAACUGGUGGGAGCUGGAGGCGGAUCGAUGGACGGUUUAAACAGAGCGAGGGAGGGCCGGGAGGGCGGCGCUGGGAACCUGCUGAGGGGUAAGCAGGUGGCUGGAGGUCCUGCUUUGACUCAGGCUUUGCUGGCUCAAGCCUGUCCAGGAUUUGACGAGGCAGUGGAAGGAGUGCGCUUCAUCGCCAACCACAUGAAGAGCGAAGACGACGAUCAGAGUGUGAGCGAGGACUGGAAGUACGUAGCUAUGGUGAUCGACCGACUCUUCCUCUGGAUCUUUGUGUUUGUUUGCGUGUUCGGCACAGUGGGCAUGUUCCUGCAGCCCCUCUACCAGAAUUACACAGUGAAGACCAUCAACACACCGGGCUGAUUGUCGCCCCGACUGGAAACACACCAACAGACAACUCCCUGACCAAUCAGCACAGACAAAUGCCGAAGGUGUGUGUGUGUGUGUGUAUGUGUGUGUGUGUGUGUGUGUGUGUGUGUGUGUGUGUGUGUGUGUGUGUGUGUGUGUGUGUGUGUGUGUGUGUGUGUGUGUGUGUACAUGUACUAUGGGACGGUUGGAGAUCUUAUUGAAAUCAUGUCUAUGGAACUGGAAUCAAAACUGGUACUGAACAGCCAUCCCGUCCAUUAACUUUAUAAUAACUUUUUUGCAACAAACAACAGUUUUUCUUGUAUAACGAUGAAGGAAAAUACAGUGAAACCCUUUUCCUGUAUUUUUUUCGUUUUUCGCUGUUGUUGCUGUUGGAGAAUUAAAACAGACUGACCUCCCCUCUCUGGUGUAAAGAACCUCCCUUGCUUCCAUCCUCAGCCUCUCAGGGAGUGAGGACGCUUGGAUUUUUCUCCUUGUUGCAUCCAGCCAAACUACACUGACUGCUUAACAAGCAGCACAACAACAGAAACGACUUGAUAUUAAGCAUCAGAGAGGGAAGGAAGGGUCCUAUUGAGCUUCUUGUAAUUUUUUUUCUCUCCAAGAAAUCCACCAUGUCAGUGAACUGAUCCAAUAUAUGUUAUCAUAGCGUAGCAGCUUGCCACAAGCAAUAUAGCAUUGAGUAAAUAUUAAUAUUUCUAUAUAUCAGUUCAUGCAAAGGUUUCUUGCUGAUAGAGAGGCUUCGGUGUGUUGUAUGAUUGUAUAGAUAUAAAAGGAAUGUGAUUUAAACUGUACUGCACAGCCUGCGACCUGCACACUAACGCAAUACGUGUAAGAGCUACAGAUUAAAGGGGAAAUAUAAAAAGCAGGGGUUAUGCUGAAGGAAAACAA